AUGGAGCAAGAGAGCCUAAACGGUAGGUAUGGUAGUAGAGUAAUGACGGAUGAACAAAUGGAGACUCUUCGUAAGCAAAUCGCCAUUUACGCCGUUCUUUGCGACCAGCUCGUCUUCCUCCACAACUCUCUCUCUUCUGUCCCUCUUCUUUCAUCAGGAAUGAAUCCAAUGAGAGGUGAGUAUUUUGAUCCAAUGGUGGCAUCGUCAAGCGCUCAUGGAAUGUCGACUCGGCCUCGAUGGACUCCUACGACAACGCAACUUCAGAUUCUUGAGAACAUUUACAAGGAAGGCAGUGGAACACCAAAUCCGCGGAGGAUUAAAGAGAUCACGAUGGAACUGUCUGAACAUGGACAAAUCAUGGAGAAAAAUGUAUACCAUUGGUUUCAAAACCGACGAGCUCGGUCCAAACGAAAGCAACCUCCGACAACGACAAUUACCUCGAGUCAGGCGGAUGAUGCGGCCGUGACAACAACUGAGGAGAGAGGGAGGUGUGGAGAUGAUUCUGGAGGGUUUGAGUCUUAUGAGCAUAUACUGUUCCCGAGUCCUGAUUUAGGGAUUGAGCAUUUGUUGAAUAGGGACAAGUUUAUAGACUGA